GAAUUGUUUUUUACUACAAGUCGUAAAAAAUUUAUAUCUCAAAAGAAAGUUUGGGGUCUAAUUGUUCUCUUCCCUUUUUCAACAUCAAAAAGGGAGAGUUGAUCGAUCUACCAGAAGAAUUUGUUCUUUGCUAUCGAUCCGUCCUUGCGUACAAGCAUCGAUCCGUCCUUGCGUACAAGCUAACUCUCAUCGACAGAGAGAUAGAGACGCAGAGGGAGUGAUACAGAACUAGAUUGAGAUUCAGAUGACAGAGACCUCGGCGAGUGGUCUUUCAUGGCGGCGUCUGCUAUUCUUCGCUUCGAUUGGUCUGCACUUCGUCUUAGGUCUGUCCGGUGAUUCCAAGAAUAUAAAUACAGGAGUUAAGGCAGAGUCUCACACUUCUUCCAGCAGAACAGGCACUAAAGUAAUCCUCAUACUGGUCGGAUUUGUGGCUGUAGCGAUGUUCUCCUUCUUCCUAUUCAAGCUAUGGCAGAAGAAGAAAAGAGACGAGCAGUAUGCCCGACUGUUGAAGCUGUUUGAGGAAGAUGAUGAACUGGAGGUUGAGUUAGGCCUUCGAGAUUAAAAAAUGCAAACCUGUUAACAAAGGCCGGAGGUAUGUUUGUGUUCGCUCGUCUGUUCAUGUAAAGAUAACUAUGUUCCUCCCUCUUUUGUUAUCGACAGGCGUUUUACCUUAUGUAGAUGGAAUAUAUACUAUACCCUCGUCACCAUAUCAUCAUCGAUAUUCUCUAGACGAUUGUUUCAUGGCUGAAAAUAAACUACCAAAACUCGUUAAUGUUUAGCUUUCUUAGGUCCAAAUUUUGUACAAUUUAUUUUUCUUUAUUGUGAUUUGCUUUCGUAAUAUUUCAAUAUUUUUCCUUUA